AUGAGUCUUUCCCUGGAGGCACUGAACUCGUUUCUUAGAAUGAUUGGACGCACCACAGGCGGUGGCGUGACAAUAGAUGUAGAAUUCAGAGAGACGCUGAAGCAGGCUUUGGUGGCGAUGGAGGAACUUACGCGGGUGGCGCAGGAGGGGCGUGCCAACUUUGUCGCCGCACCCGUCCUGUCUGCUCUUCUCAGCGCGUUUUAUGUUAAAAAGACUCGUGUGGUGGGGGCCGCCCUGUCUGUGCUGCAGCAGUUGAUUCACGACUGCCGCAUCUCCUACGACACACCGAUUAUAUUAUAUCAGUAUCAGCGAAAUAAACAGGCGCUGCGCUGUGGGGAGGCUUUGUUUUGUGCUGUAGAUGACUUUCUCGUCAACACCGCCGACGCGGCGUUGCAGCUGAAAGGCUUGGAGGUCCUCCAUGAUCUUGUGAGUGACGACAACUUUGCUUACCUCACUGGAAGUUGCGUUACCCGCUGUGUGCGGACAUGCUACCAGGUGACGCUGCAGAGCUCGAACGAGGCCGCAAGAAUUAUUGCGCGUGAUGUGUUUGUUCUUUGCGUUCUUCGAGUGACGCGGGCCUUUGUGGAGGCCACACCAUCGGAGCGUCGAUGCGGUACAUUUGCUUCUUCCACGAGGCUAUACGAUUGCAUGCAGGAUGUGGAGCCGGAUGCCAAAUUUACACCCAUUCAAAUUGGGGGUUAUGCCACUCCUUUCACCGACGAUGUAGUGAACUCCGUGGACAAAACCCCGCCACUUGGCCCAUUUAAUUCAUAUGCGGCCGAAGAGGCAUCAUCCUCUGCCGGCUCACUCCAACCACGGGAGUUUUUGCAAUAUAGUUGUAGCGAUUCAAUUGUAGCAAGUGCACUGUCCGUGUUUCAAGGCGGAAAACUACCACGUGCAUUGGAGGACAUGUUAUUGCUCAUCAAAUAUGUCUGCAGACUAGCCUCAAGGACCUGCAGUGGAUCGGGAUCGACGAGUGAAAAAAAUCCCGAAGUUCGUGUCCGUCAAAUUGCACUGGAGAUGUUAGAGUCGUUGUUCCUGGAGAUUCCCAUGGCAAACUGCGACGCCGAACAUACUUGCGCCACGUGGUUGACUAUGGUGGUCGCCGCAACAAAGUAUCACCUUCUUCGCUGCAUUGCCCGAAAUCUGUCGACGAUUGUUCCUUCCUCGUUCUUUACCACAAGUGUGCGCAUUCUCACUCUGCUGCUGCGAAAGUUUCAUUAUCAUCUUGCCAGGGAGCUCCAUGCUCUUUUAGCCGUCAUGCUUUUUCCUCUGGCGGUUUCCAAAUUCUCGAGCUUUUCUCAGAAGCAUGCAGUGUUGAGUAUGGUUCGGGAGCUUGUCAGUAUUCCACAUCUUUGCGUUUCUUUUUUUAUCAACUACGACUGUAAUCCCGCCUUUGAUCCGGCGGCAAAGUAUGGCGGCAUGCUUGAACUCCUAGUGGACUUUAUUGUGGAGAUGACGUAUAUGGACUUUUUUGACCCCGAGUGGCUUUCGUUAGAUCAACAGCAGUUGUUGCGAGGCGAAUGCGUGAGUGCGAUGCACAGCCUAGUGGAUUCCAUGCUUCGGUGGGUUUCGGAGGAUCCUCGGGAGUACACGCAGCGUCAGUUGCGUGAAGUGGUGGGGCAGGCGCUCAGCAAAUCCAGCGUUGGCUGUCAAGGAGUUCGUCGGUGGCAUGAGAUGUACCUCAGCAACGGGUGGGGGUCUGGCGGAAAUGGAAAGGGGACUGGCACGUCAGAAUUGUUAUCGGCUGAUUUAAGUUCUUCCUCCUCCUCGUCCUUUUCCUCCGCUUCCGCCGCCUCCUUGAAGGGAGAUGGAAGGGGGAAGCCGCAGAAUUGGGGUAAACCCCACAGGGUUGGCUACCACUGGAAGCAUGUUCACUGCCUGCUUCAGAACAAGCGCAUUGCACAGGAAGCUAUGCAGUACAUUAAUAGGGGGCAUUGGCGAGAUGGAAUGAAGCUGCUCGAGCAGCGUGGGUACAUUUCACACGCAGACGAGGCAACACGGUGGUCAGAUUUCGCUCGUUUUCUCAAGACAUAUCCCGGGAUUGAGCGGUCUGCGUUGUGUUCGAUUUUUGAGCGAGUUUUAAAGGAUUCCGACUGCGACCGAAUUUUGAGAGAGUACAUGCAACUUUUUCCAUACAAGGGGGUGACGAUUGACGUCGCAUUACGCGACACCACGUGUGAAUUCAUGUCGUGGGAGCGGCCUACAUUUGAGGCCCAAGUGUGGGCCGUCAUUCAGAGGCGCUUUGGUGAGGCGUACGCGGCACAAAACCCGCGCAGUAUCACUGUCAAGGACGCCGAUGCAAUGGCCGGCGUGCUUCUCUUCCUGCACACAAGCCUUCACAAUGAAAAUAUGAGGAACAAUCGCAUGACGGUUGAGGAAUUUGUGCGAAAUGGGAAUGAGUGCGUUGAUUUUGCCUUUUUGGAGCAGGACAUGCGUGAUAUGUACUACCGCGUGGCACAGCGGAAGUGGGAGCUGGAUGAGUUGCAACGCACACCGCGGCAGGUGGAACUAGAGAAGAAAAUGCCGUCUUUAUCUUCUAAGAUACGGCAGCAGCAGAAGUGCUCUUCCUUUUCUUCUGUCGCUGACCUGGCAAAUGAAGAGACAUCGUUUUCCACAGCAAUGAAUACGCCGGGGAACUCAAAGAGUUUCCGCAAAGAUAACGAUGAAUCCGAAGGCUCUCGCUUGCUUGACAACGUCGUGGUGCCCUACACGGAAUGCCCGGAGGGUUUUAAGCUGCGCGAGUCGUAUCAUCAGAGAUAUGUGGAUGUGGCGACCCAGCACCUGCGACAACUAGAGUGCGAACACCGCAUGCAACGCCUAGAGGCUUGCUCUCUGCAGCCGUAUAUUUUGCCGCAAUAUGCACAGCACGUUCGUCCAAUGCUCUUGAUGCUUUACCCUCAGAUUGCCGCAACACUCUACAUGGGGUUUCGUGUGCUUGAGGAACGGCCUAUAUUCCGUCUUAUUCUUAGUACGUACGACAUGCUAUACGAUCUGGCGGCGGUUUUUGUGGUGAAUCUUUCAGGGUUGCGUGUUGCGGUGGAGCGGCAAAUUCGGCGUUGGUUGGAGGAUGAGAAUGCCCAGCGUCUUCUCCCACCCAUCCGGGGUACAUUCAUGCUGCCCUUGAUGAAUCUGCUAUGA